GCAGGUAGCAGCCGCGUCAGGGACGUCCGGGGGGGCGCCGCUGGCGCUGCCCGCAGCCCCCGCUGCUCCCCGGCCUGCUGAGACGCCCCCGGGCCGGGGCCGCGCCGGGCCAGGCCGGGCCGCGCCCGAGCGGGGCAGCGCUGCCUGCAUGACCCUCCGGCGACGCGGGGAGAAGGCGACCAUAAGCAUCCAAGAGCAUAUGGCCAUCGACGUGUGCCCGGGCCCCAUCCGGCCCAUCAAGCAGAUCUCCGAUUACUUUCCUCGCUUCCCGCGGGGCCUACCCCCGGCCGCGGGGCCCCGCGCGGCUGCGCCCCGGGACGCCCCCGCGCCCCCGGCCGCGGCCAGCGCGGGCCGCCGCAGCCCCUCCGACGGCGCCCGCGACGACGACGAGGAUGUCGACCAGCUCUUCGGAGCCUACGGUGCGAGCCCGGGCCCCAGCCCUGGCCCCAGCCCGGCGCGGCCGCCCGCCAAGCCACCCGAAGAGGAGCCGGACGCCGACGGCUACGAGUCCGACGACUGCACCGCCCUGGGCACGCUGGACUUCAGCCUCCUCUAUGACCAAGAGAACAAUGCCCUCCACUGCACCAUCAGCAAGGCCAAGGGCCUGAAGCCGAUGGACCACAAUGGGCUGGCGGACCCCUAUGUCAAGCUGCACCUGUUGCCAGGAGCCAGUAAGGCAAAUAAGCUCAGAACAAAAACUCUCCGAAAUACUCUGAACCCCACGUGGAAUGAGACCCUCACUUACUACGGGAUCACAGAUGAAGACAUGAUCCGAAAGACCCUGCGGAUCUCCGUGUGUGAUGAGGACAAAUUCCGCCACAACGAGUUCAUUGGGGAGACGAGGGUUCCCCUGAAGAAACUGAAACCCAACCACACCAAGACGUUCAGCAUCUGCCUGGAGAAGCAGCUGCCGGUAGACAAGACGGAAGACAAGUCCCUGGAGGAGCGGGGCCGCAUACUCAUCUCCCUCAAGUACAGCUCACAGAAGCAGGGCCUGCUGGUCGGCAUUGUGCGGUGCGCACACCUGGCUGCCAUGGACGCCAACGGCUACUCGGACCCCUACGUGAAAACAUACCUGAAGCCAGAUGUGGACAAGAAAUCCAAACAUAAGACAGCAGUAAAGAAGAAGACCCUGAACCCAGAGUUCAAUGAGGAGUUCUGUUACGAGAUUAAGCAUGGGGACCUGGCCAAGAAGACCCUGGAGGUCACUGUUUGGGAUUACGACAUUGGGAAAUCCAACGAUUUCAUUGGUGGUGUGGUUCUGGGCAUCAAUGCCAAGGGCGAGCGCCUGAAGCACUGGUUCGACUGCCUGAAGAACAAGGAUAAGCGGAUAGAGCGCUGGCACACACUCACCAAUGAACUCCCCGGGGCUGUGCUCAGCGAUUGACCGGCCCCCACCUGCUGCCACACCCACCCCUACGUGUCACCUGGCCCAGCCCAGGCCUGGCCCUUGGCUUCCUCAGCUGCCACGAAGGGCCUUGGCCCCCACGUUGGGGGAAAUCCAGGACACCUGCUCAGACACAGAACCACUGCAGCCCCCACUUGGAGGCCAUGGAGGACCCAGCCACUCCGAGGGACAGCGAGGACAGAGCGGGCCUUCUUUCAGCUCCUGGGGCCUGAUGAGGUCAGAGGUGGGAAGAGAGGAGCUUGGCUUUAGCACCCACCCCAGGGAAGUGGUGGGGCUGUCCAGGGGCAAGGACCCUACUAAAAGUCAGCAGAAGGUCACAGGGGGCCCCAGGCUGAGAGAACAGGAGUACAGGGGUGCCCUCGGGCCAGUGAGAACUCCUGAGAGGAGCGUUAGGAAGAGGCACAUGGCGGGAGGAGAUUGUGGGCAGGACAGGACUCUGACUACAUCCAUUCAUCUCUAGCAUGACUGGGCAUGUGGGAAAAAGUUGACCUGAGAGCCAGGAGUCUGGUGAAGUUCCCAGAAGCUCCCAGUGAACAUGCUUCAAUUGGCAAAUGCUUCACCCGGUGAUUUCACAAGCCCCUGGGGAUGACUGAGCUCCAGGGCCUGCCCUGGUGGAGUUCCCGUCUAGACAGGGAGCUGAAAACAAACCAUUACAACAGGGGCUGAGGAAUGCCAAGGCCAGCCUGGCCCAACAGUGAGUGCUUUCUGCUGGGAGAGCAGGGAGGGCUUCCCAGAGGAGGUGAUGCUUUAGCAAGGCCUUAAAGGGUAGUAGAGUUUCUAGGCAGACAAAGGGAAGGGCAGUGCCGGCAGUGGGAAUGGUCUGCAUAGGCCUGGAGGGGAGAGAACGGUGAUUAGGCCAGGGGUGCUGUGAGGGGCCUGGGGUUUAUCUGGGGGUCAGGGGCAAUGGCCCCCAGCCCUUUUCCCUCCCCACCCCUGGCUGCCAGGCCAGCCUGGGCUCAUAGCUUUGGGGGAAGUGACAGAUAUACUGGAAGUACCGUGGUGAAACAGGUUGGUGCAGGAUCAAGUUCAGUCCUCAGACCCAGUCCCCCCACCUUGGAUGUCUUUCUUCUCCGGAGGAACCUAGAGGCUGAUCCUGCCUCUCAUUCUUCCCGCUUAAGCAUCAAGUCAGCUGUAGUCAGGAGGAGAGAAAGGGUCCUUUGUUUCGUACGAAAGGAAGCAAAUGUCCUCCUUGCCCUCCUCUUCCCUUCCCCUGCCUCCCUCCUGGGCUCUUCUGGGUUCAGAGCUGGGUGGUGGGAGGACCCCAGGUGGUUGCCCCUGCAUCCUGGCCCUACUGUGGCCACUGAUGUCCCUCUCAGGAAUACUGGGCAGCAGUCCAGGGCCUUGUUUCGGGGAAAGUGGAGAGGGAGACACUCUUCCUGGUGGGCUUGUCAGCACCCUGAGUCAGGGAAGGGUUGAAGGGUUGGAGCCCAGGUCUGAAGCCCCAGACUUUUCUGCCUACCAAGGGGCCUUCAGGAAUGCUGGAUGGACAAAUGCAUAACCAAGGAAUUUCUGUGUUCAACCUAUCACUGCACUGAUGGGAAACAGAGCCCACAUAAGGAAAAUGACCUGCCCAAGGCCUUCCAGCCUUACCACAGGGGGGUGAAUCAGGCUUCAUGGCCCCUGCCCCACCCCCAACCCAGAGCUCUGGACACCACACUUCAAGGGAAGGUAAGGUGCUGGGCUCACAAUGAGAGGUCCUGCUAGCCGCCUGCCUAAGGCUCACCCCUGCCUGCUGCCCACCCAUACCCACACUAGCAGCAAGGCACAGGGGUUGGACCUGCUGCUGCAAACACAAAGCACACCACCAUCUGAGGCCUGGGGUGAUGAUUCGAAUCCCACCAAGUGCCCAGCAGCCCUUUCCCCGUUUGCAGGGAACUUGGGACUCCAGCCCCCACACAGUACCUGGCAACUUGCGCUGGUCAUGGAGACUUGGUUUUCCCAUCUUUAAGAAUUCUGGCUUUGUGUAUGUUAAGAGUUUUAUGUGCGUCGUCUUAAUGAAUCUUCACACUUGCUUCUGGAUGAGCUCUAGGUACCUUCUUAAAUUUGCCUUUCCGAGGGCCUCGUUCAGAGAUAAGCCUCACAGCCUCUCUGUGGAGACAUGGAAAUGCUGAAUGGCAAAGCUGGAAGGGGCUGUGGGUCACCUAGUACCACUUCCUUAUUAGAUACGUAGGGAAACUGAAACCCAGCGGGGACAAGAACCCAGGACUGCUGGCACCCAGUCCAGGGCCCUCUACUGCCUCAGGCUGUGCAAGUGUAGACUUCCCUGACAAAUGGUCCCAGCUGACCACAGGGACUAUGGCAGGGAGGCAGGGCUUCCUGACAGGCAGCUCAAGUGGAGGAUGGGGCGCAGGAGGGCUCCCAGGAAGCGACAGGACCUUCACCAGAACCCUGGCACUGGUCUAGACCCCUUGCAGAUUGUAUCUCUGUAAAAGAAAAAGCUCCUUGAGAAGAGUUAUUUCAAAGUCAGGUGUCAGUAAUUAGGGCGUCGCCCGAUGCGCUGCAUCCACCUCCACCCCACCUCCCUUCCUGGUCCCCGCCCCACCCACCACCACCACUAGCCAAUUCCCAACGGGCCCGUCUUCCAACCCUGAAGCGGUAACCUCCUGACCUCUAGUGGCGAGAGCGAGGAACUGCACCUCCCGGCCCGUGCAUGUCCAGCCUUUGUUCCUUCUCAACCGAGAGAACCUCCCAAUGCAUGGACUCUAAGCUGUCGUCGAUGCAGACUCUCGUGCACUGCUUAAUAAUACCGUUUUGCUACCAUGUGAUGGCUGCAGAAAUCGAACCUUAACUGCAGCCCCACACACAAUUUUUGUAUUUUCGUCUGACCUACCCGAAGGUGUCCUUUUUAAGUCUUAUUUGUUAAUAUUUAUAAUGACAUAUAAUCCAAAGUAAAUGGAAACGUUCAUUGCGAUCAUACUGGCUUGGAAGACUUCUUUUUUUCCCUUUCGUCUGCCUCCCCCGCCCCCUCCAGUUCAAGCUGUUGUUUCUCAGUCCAGU